CACCUCUCUACGUCAUAAGCCAGAGGUUGUCCAGCAGCCAAGAUGGCGGCCACGAUGCUGAGGUCGCUUACCAAACUAGGACGUCCUUCAACAACAUUUAUAUUAAAUAAUAAUUUGCUGAGCCCCAGCUGCUCUGUCGUGCAAAACAGGCAGAAACAAUGGCAGCCAGAUGUGGAGUGGACGGAGCAGUUUGCUGGAGCAGUGAUGUACCCCACUGCCAUUAAUGAGAAGUGGACCCCACCCCCCUGGAAUGACAAAGAUCCUCCUUCGCAUAAGGGGGUGGCCAUCACAACCCUCAACUUUGGUCCCCAGCAUCCUGCUGCUCACGGGGUGCUGCGUCUAGUCAUGGAUCUCAGUGGAGAGUCCGUCAAGAAAUGUGAUCCCCACAUCGGCCUGCUUCACCGUGGCACAGAGAAGCUCAUAGAGUACAAGACCUACUUGCAGGCUCUGCCCUACUUUGACCGUCUGGACUAUGUAUCCAUGAUGUGUAAUGAGGAGGCCUACUCUCUGGCUGUGGAGAAGCUGCUCAACAUCCAAGCUCCGCCCCGUGCUGAGUGGAUCAGAGUUCUGUUCGGAGAGUUGACUCGCAUCCUCAACCACAUCAUGGCCAUCACCACGCACGCCCUUGACAUUGGUGCCAUGACCCCCUUUUUCUGGUUGUUUGAGGAGAGAGAGAAGAUGUUUGAGUUUUAUGAGCGAGUGUCCGGAGCCAGGAUGCACGCUGCAUACAUCAGACCCGGUGGUGUGCAUCAGGAUCUGCCCCUUGGCCUGAUGGACGACAUCUAUGAGUGGUGCAAGAAUUUCUCCAUUAGAAUUGAUGAAGUAGAAGAGAUGUUGACCAACAAUCGUAUCUGGAAGAAUCGUACUGUGGACAUCGGGGUGGUUACCGCUGAAGAUGCCCUCAACUAUGGCUUCAGCGGCGUGAUGCUGCGAGGGUCAGGCAUCAAGUGGGACCUGAGGAAGUCUCAGCCUUAUGACAAGUAUGACCAAGUGGAGUUUGACGUCCCCGUUGGAAGCAAAGGAGACUGCUACGACAGGUAUCUGUGCAGAGUGGAAGAGAUGAGGCAGUCCCUGAGGAUCAUGCAGCAGGCGCUCAACAAGAUGCCUGAAGGAGAGAUUAAGGUGGACGAUGCCAAGGUCGCCCCACCCAAGAGGUCUGAGAUGAAGACAUCCAUGGAGUCUCUUAUCCACCACUUUAAACUGUACACGGAGGGCUACCAGGUCCCCCCAGGGGUCACAUACACAGCUGUGGAGGCACCUAAGGGAGAGUUUGGUGUUUAUAUGGUGUCGGACGGCUCCAGCAGACCCUAUCGCUGCAAGAUCAAAGCUCCUGGAUUCGCUCAUUUGGCUGGUCUGGAUAAAAUGUCCACAGGACACAUGCUGGCUGAUGUCGUGGCCAUUAUUGGUACACAGGACAUCGUGUUUGGAGAAAUUGACCGUUAAACCGCCUCCACCAACGCGUUGGUUCUGAGGAGGAGAGUUCAUCCUCUCCUUCACACAUCGGUUUGUCAGGUUCUCUUCCUGUUCACUUUUUGACUGAUGACUCUACUUAAAAUCAGUGAUGUACAAUGCCCAAAUAAUCCUAAUAAAUAUUUUAUGACCCAAUA